AUGAGGAACCCUUUUGAUAUGUCCGACCUCGACGCUCUUGUCGAUGAACAAGAGGAACAGCCUUACAUUGACAUUCAUGCCUACCAAACACAUGACGGCAAUCGCUCUCUUCUGCAGCCGAAUGAAAACCGCCAUGGCGACAGCUUGAAGGACCGCUUUAUUGGUGCCAUUGACACCGGCACCACGAGUUCCCGCUUUAUCAUCUUUGACUGCACCGGUGUCCCCGUCGCCAAGUAUCAAAUGGAGUUCCGUCAGAUUCACGAGCAUUCAGGAUGGCACGAACAAGACCCUUUCGACUUGGUGGAUUCAGUUUACACAUGUAUCGAGGAGGCAAUGAAGUCUUUCAUGGCUCUUGGCCACUCACCGUCAGAGAUCGAAGCCAUCGGUAUCACCAGUCAGCGAGAGACAACGCUUGUUUGGGAUUGGGAGACCGGCGAGCCGUUGCAUAACGCUAUCGCGUGGCCCGACACCAGAACCAAGGGUCUAGUUCGGGAGCUGAAGGCCCAACCCGGAGCGGAUGACUUGAAGAACAUCUGCGGGUUUCCCCUCUCGACUUACCCCUCCUCCGUCACCUUGGUAUGGAUGCUUCGGAACCUACCGGAAGUCAAGAAAGCAUAUGAUGAGGGAAGGCUCGCCUUCGGCACUGUCGACACGUGGCUUUUGUAUAACCUGAAUGGUGGUCCCGAGGGAAACGUCCUGGUGACCGAUGUGACGAACGCAUCAAGAACGAUGUUCAUGAACCUUAAAACACUUGAUUAUGACGAUAAUUUGUUGAAGUUCUUCGGCAUUGACAGGACGAAGAUCAGACUUCCUAAAAUUCUCCCAUCUGCCGACCCAGACGGAUAUGGAUGGGUCAGAGGGGGACCGCUUGACGGUGUUCCAAUUACCAGCUGCCUUGGCGAUCAGUCUGCGGCGUUGGUCGGUCAUUGUGCCUUCACACCUGGGUCAGCGAAGAACACAUACGGCACAGGAUGCUUCCUUCUUUAUAACGUUGGUGAGGAGCCAGUCAUUUCCAAACAUGGUUUGCUCAGCACAGUUGGAUUCCAGUUGGGUAAGAAUCGGAAAGCUGUUUAUGCGCUUGAAGGCAGUGUGGCUGUGGCCGGAAGUGGUGUUUCCUUCCUGAUGAACAACAUGGGUUUCUUCCGUGACUCACGGAAAGUGAGCGAAGUGGCAGCAACCGUUCCAGAUAGCGGAGGCUGCGUGUUUGUCACCGCGUUCAGUGGUCUGUUUGCGCCUUAUUGGAUUGAUGAUGCUAAGGGAACUAUAUUCGGAAUCACGCAGCACACGCAGCGUGGACACAUUGCUCGUGCCACCAUGGAAGCUGCCUGCUUCCAAACCAAGGCAAUCCUCGAUGCCAUGGAGAUGGACAGCGGACACGCAUUGACGGAACUCGCCGUCGACGGUGGCAUGAGUAAUUCCGAUAUUUGCAUGCAGACCCAAGCAGAUAUCAUCCAGAUCCCUGUUGAACGGCCAGCGAUGCACGAAACCACUGCUCUGGGUGCCGCGAUCGCGGCCGCAUUUGCCAUUGAUAUUUGGAAGGACUUUAGCGAGCUCAAGAACAUGAACCGCGCCAAUCGCACAACCUUCCAGCCCCAUAUUUCUGAGGCACAGAGCUCGAAGCUGUACAAGCGAUGGAGCAAAGCAGUCGAGAUGUCUCGAGGCUGGGUAGACCCCGCUGACGAGGCAGAGGAGGAAUGA